GUUUCGAUGCAAACUUCGUGUUGAAGUAAAUUUCAUUUUUGACGUGAACGGAGUGGGAACUUUGCGAGCAAUAUCAGGAAUAAAAUAAAAGGCACGGCGUGGCGCGCCUUUAACGAAAAUAACAUUGUAGAAUGGGAAGGUUAAGGAAUAGUGCUGUGCUUGUAAUAAUAUCUUUAUUAAUUGAAACAAAUGGCUUCUAUGUGCCUGGUGUUGCUCCCGUGGAGUUUAAAAAGGGGCAAAAGAUCGAUGUCAAAGCAGUUAAAAUGACCAGUACCCAUACACAGUUACCUUACGAAUAUUAUUCUGUUCCCUUUUGCAGACCAAAAAAUGGAACUCUUAUUUAUAAAUCUGAAAAUUUAGGAGAAGUAUUACGUGGCGAUAGAAUUGUAAAUACACCAUACGAGGUACUAAUGGCAGAAGAUGUAGUUUGCAGACUAUUAUGUCACGAAUCAUCCACUAGUAUGACAUGGAACGAAGAAGAGUCACAGCGUGUCAUAGAACGCAUUCAACACGAUUAUACCGUGCAUUUGUUAAUUGACAAUUUACCAGCAGCAACAAAAAAGGUCCAUAAAGAUACAAACAAUGUAAUUGUAUAUCAUGGAUAUCGUUUGGGAGGCAUCAUAAAUGAUCAGUUUUACAUCAAUAAUUACCUUAAACUAAAAUUAAGCUACCAUAAAUACGGAGAAAAUGAAUUUAGAGUGGUUGGUUUUGAAGUAGAAGCUCGAUCAGUUGAUAUAAGUCAGCUAAAAUUCGAUGGAAAUACUUGUACGUUACCUACACAUGCGAAUCCUCAAUUUGUCAAUCCUAAAGGGACUAAAUUGUUAUUCUUAUAUUCUGUGGAUUGGAAGGAAUCUGAUGUAAGUUGGGCAAGCAGAUGGGACAUAUAUCUAGGAAUGAGUGAUGUUGAAAUUCAUUGGUUUUCAAUCAUCAAUUCUCUUGUUGUAGUUCUUUUCCUUUCUGGAAUUUUAACAAUGAUCAUGGUUAGAACUCUCAGAAGAGAUAUUGCACGUUAUAACGCUGGUGACAGUGAUAGUUUAGCAGGCUUAGACGAGACAAUUGAAGAAACUGGUUGGAAACUAGUUCAUGGGGAUGUAUUUCGACCUCCACCAAAUCCUCGAUUAUUUGCUGCUGUAAUAGGCAGUGGAAUUCAGAUAUUUUUUAUGACUUUAAUAACAAUAUUCUUUGCAAUGUUGGGUAUGCUUUCUCCUGCUAGUAGAGGUGCACUUGGAACCUGCGCAAUAUUUUUGUACGUAUUUUCUGGUCUAAUUGCUGGAUAUUUCUCUGCGCGACUUUAUAAAACAAUGCGCGGUCGAAAAUGGAGAAGGACAGCACUAUUGACUGCAACACUCUAUCCUGGAAUUGUGUUUACUACUUGUUUCUUUUUAAAUUUCUUUAUAUGGGGAAAGCAUAGCUCUGGCGCAGUUCCAUUUACAACAAUGUUAUCAUUGUUGUGUUUAUGGUUUGGAAUAUCACUUCCUCUCGUGUAUCUGGGAUAUUUCUUUGGAUAUCGUAAACAGCCUUUUACGCAUCCCGUUAGAACAAAUCAAAUUCCUAGACAAGUUCCUGAUCAAUUGUGGUAUAUGAAUCCGGUAUUAUGCACACUAAUGGCCGGAAUUCUUCCUUUUGGAGCUGUAUUCAUAGAAUUAUUUUUCAUUUUGUCCGCAUUAUGGGAAAAUCAGUUCUACUACCUUUUUGGAUUUCUAUUUCUUGUUUUUUGCAUUCUUGUCAUUUCAUGCUCUCAGAUAUCCAUAGUUAUGGUCUACUUUCAGUUAUGUGGAGAAGACUACAGAUGGUGGUGGAGAAGUUUCAUUGUAAGUGGAGGGUCAGCUGUAUACGUCCUAGCCUACUCCAUAUUUUAUUUCAUGACAAUCCUGGAAAUAUCAGAACUUGUCCCAACGUUAUUAUAUUUUGGUUACACGGCGUUAAUGGUGCUAACGUUCUGGUUAUUAACAGGCACAAUAGGUUUCUUUGCAGCAUAUGCUUUUAUUCGAAAGAUAUAUGCUGCUGUAAAAAUAGACUAGUCAAAAUUAUCAUUGUCAAAGUUAGUGAUGAAAGAGGAUAAAACAUUUUUUAAAUUUAUAAUGAGUAUUUAAUUAUUUUUAACUUAAAUUUAUAAAACCAAAACAGUAUAAUAGUUUCCAGUUUCCUUAGGUUAAUCUAAUUUUGGUUACGAAUGAGUAGUGCGUCUGCGAAAUAUUAUUCCUAAAUAUCGUAAAAUUGGUUUGGCUAUAAAAGUAACUGAACAGAGCUAAAUAUUAGUUUAAUUAAAUGUAAGAUAUUGUUCAAUGCUUACUGCAUGGUUCCAGUUUCCAAUUGUUUAUUAGAUAUUUAAAGAUUUCGUUACUAUUAAAGUACUUAGAAAUUUAUAGAACAGAGUGCUACUCAUGUAACUCAAUGAAGAAUAUACGUAUAUAUUAAGAUGUAUAUACAUAUACGCAACACACAUAACACACCUCACCACAUGAGUUUCAUUGGCUAUAUUAAUAUUACUGUUUUAAACAGUAUAAAAAGUAUGUAAAAAUGCCCGUAAAUGUAAUAUUAAACAUAGUCAAUGUAAGCAUUGUAACUAACAGCAUUAGUUUAUAUUAUCCUUUGAUUUAUCAUAAUAAAAUGACAAUAUUUUGCAAAUGAUAUCUGCAAAAGGUUGUUGACUGACACACACACACACACACACACACACACACACACACACACACACACACACACACACACACACACACACACACACACACACACACACACACACUUAUACAUACAUUGAAUGCGUUACAAUGUAAGACUAAUAAUAUAAAAUUCGUAUAUUUACUUAUAUUUGUAUGAGCUGAGUGUAAACUUCAUUCCUCAAUAUUCUGUCACAUAAUCUAAAUAGGAAUUAUACAUAAAUUAUUUUUUGGAUCAUUUAUAAAGAUCUGAAUAUUCAAUUACACAGAUAUGUUCAGUAAAUAUAUAUGUAAUAAUAUUUUGUUGGAUUUUCAAUAUAUUAUUAAGUAAAAUGAAUAAUAGAUGAGCAACUUUUGUACAUGUUACAAUGAAAAUUCAUGUCACGAUCUAAUGAUCUUAUAUUUCUUUAUAUAUGUACUAUAUUUUAGUAUGGAGACAUAAUGAAAAUUGAAGUGUAUCAGAAUGCUAAAACAAAUUUUCUAAAUUUGAUUGCAUUCGAGGAAUAUAUUAA